CAGCUCCCGCGAACAGUUUCGUUUGAGAAAUCGCAACAAGAGGAAACAUGAAGGGAUUGUCGUUGGCUUUAGUGCUGUCUCUGUCGUUGGUUGUGGUGCUGUCUCUGCUGGCUCUGGCAAAUGCUAAUCCGCUGCAUCCAGGCAAUGUGAUCAUCAAUGGCGAYUGCAAAGUUUGCAACAUUCGAGGCGAUUAAUAAUAAUAAAUAAAAGUUA